ACAAAAAAGAAAAACACUCGAAGUGAAUUCGGUUUCGCGUCGAGCGAGUAUUGCCGAAACGCCGUACUUAAUUACUUGUUUUGUAGUUCAGUUUAUUGUGAUAAGUAUUGUACGUGUUUAGAAAGUUAAGACUUUAAAGUUCAUAGAACAUUGUAUUCAUACGUUGAGUUUAUUGUAGGAAAAUCUUAGACCGCUGUAAACCAUGGGAGUGUGGAGCCGAUUUAUGUCGAAAAAGUUAUUCACGGGCACCGUAAUCGGUGUGGUAGGUGGUGCAUCCGGUUACUGGUUUGCGUCGAACGCGUUCGAACGCCAGACGGUGGAAAACUCGUUCACAACCAACUAUGAACCGUCCCCGUGUGCCCGAUGGGACUGGAACUGGGACCAUCGUGACCCGAAGAGCCUUGUAAAGCCACUGAGAAAGGUAGACGAUCCGGAAUCGCAGAACGAUUACAACAAAGCGGUGGAGAUGAAGAAGGGCCGCGCCAUACGCCAUCUGAUCCUGGUGCGCCACGGCCAGUACAACAUGGACGGGCUGACCGAUGCGCAGCGUACGCUAACCGAGCUGGGUCGCCGGCAGGCCGCACUGAGCGGUGAGCGGUUGAAGCAGCUUGCCCUGCCGUACGAUGAAAUUGUCCGUUCGACGAUGACCCGGGCACAGGAGACGGCAGAAAUCAUUGGCAAAUCGCUGUCGCAUCUAAAGCUGAUCAAUUGUCCACUGCUCGAGGAGGGCUCCCCCAUUCCACCGGAACCACCCGUUGGCCACUGGCGUCCGGAAGCAUCGCAGUUCUUCCAGGACGGUGCUCGGAUUGAGGGUGCGUUCCGGAAGUAUUUCUACCGUGCCGAUCCAUCCCAAAAGUCAGACUCGUACACCAUCAUCGUGUGCCAUGCCAACGUGAUACGGUAUUUCGUGUGCCGGGCACUGCAAUAUCCGGCCGAAGGGUGGCUCCGCAUUUCCCUUGGCCACGCUUCCUUGUCCUGGGUGUCGAUCUAUCCCGAUGGGCGGGUGUCGCUCCGCACGCUGGGCGACUGCGGUCACAUGCCGAAGGAAUGUCUUACGCGAUAAAGGAUGCACCAGCAGGCAAGUAUUUUUUAAAGUGUUCAUGGUGGCAGCCGGACAACCGUGGUAAUCUCCGAAAGAUAUCGUGAUGUCUAGAAAUAAGAAUUAACACUGAAAUGAA